AUGCCGUCUCUCAGGGAGACCAAACCGGUCUCGUACGGCGUGCCUGACCAGUUUCUCGAGCUCGAGCGCGACUACAAGCGGCAGGCGAAGGCCGCGAAGACGAAGGGGAAGAGCGGGGCAGGAGGUCAGUGCGGCGCGCAGAAGGCGAAGGGAAGCAGCAGUGCCGCCGAGCAAGACGAGAAGUCCGGCGUGGAUGAGGACGAGGUCGACCAGCUCGCGUCCGACUACGACCUCGACGACGAGCUGCUCAAGCUUGCGGAGAACGGUGCGAGAAAGAAGCGAAGUGCCGCGAGGGGGAGCGGCAAGGGUGAGAAAGGCGAGAGGGCGAGGAAGGACAGGCUGUCGGCAUUGCCGGACGAGAUCCUACUGCAGAUCCUCAAUUGCACUUCUUCUCCCGCCUCGCUCCUCUCCCUCUCAAUCGUCUCGCGCCGCUUCCACAAGCUGCUCACUUCGCCGGAACGGGAUGAUGUGUGGGAGGAAGCACGAGCGAGGGCGGGGCUGCCAGGGAUGACUGGAGGCGGCUUCACGGAGAGUCAGCUCGCGGAGCUGGUGUAUGGGACGAUUUGCUUCACGUGCGGAAAGACCGCUUUACGUAUGCCAGAUGUCUUCCUUCGCAAGCGUCUCUGCAAGUCGUGCAGGGAGACACAUAUCGUCCGCCUCGACACACUCGACGACUCGUUCGGGCCGAAGCGCCUGCGUCAAGCUCUUCGCGAUUGCACUUUGCAAAGUCGCCAGUCGCCUUCGCAACCGAAGAAGCUGUCCAAGACUCACUACGGCUUCCUCCCGCACGUCCAGCAAGAACUCGGUCGCCUCCUCGUACUCGACCAGAAGGACAUCAACGACCAAGAAGCCGAAUACGCCGCUGCCUUCGCCAAGCAGCACCAGCUCGCCCUGCAAGGCAGGGGAAUCGCUGUCGCGAGGAGUCCGACCGACUCGAGCCGGAGCGCCUACGUCUUCGACUUUGGCCGCAAGGAGGACGAGUUUGGACCGCGCGUCAAGGCCUACGUCGCGAAGAGGAGGGAGAAGCUUGCGGCGCUUGAGAAGGAGAGCGGAGCUCUGUUCGAGGCCAUCAUUCGCCUGGACAAGGAGAAGGAGCAGCACCGCAGCGAUCCCGAAACGGGGCAGCCACCUGCUCGUCGCGAAGACCUCGAGCGUCGCGUCCUCGCCGACGCGGAGACGGACUUCCAGAAGAGCGAUCUCGUCGAGACCUGGCUCACAGACAGGUUUGUCAACUUGGGCUCGGUCGUCACCGACGAGGAGUGGCCGGAGCUCAGGCCUCGCGUCCUGAAGGUCCUCGACUCGGUCCGCAAGAAACGCCAGUCGCUCGAGCUCAAGCUACAGCAAGCCGCCCGUCGAGAUGCACUCAAGCGGUACUACGAGCAGCUGCGCCAGAACCAGCUGUCGCCCGCCGCCAGAACCUUCUUUCCACUCUUCGCCGAUUUCCUCCUCUUCGACUCGACCCGCACGCUGUGGGAGCCGAAGGACGCCGUAGUCGACGAGUCGGCGUACAACGCGGCGCGCGAUGCGAUGGAAGACGAGAUCAACGAGUGGCGGGUCGACGUUCGUUUCUAUGCCCUCCAGCAGAUUCUCGGCUGCACGCUCGACAUCCCGCAGGACGAGGAGCUCUCGUCUGACCAGGAUGCGUACGAUGCCUACGACGACGGGUUCUUCGACCUCCUCACCUCCGCUCUUGUCUGCUCAAUCAAGCCCUGCGUCUGCUCCGCCGAGAAGCGCCCGACAUUCUUCGGCUCACUGCCCGACCUGCUCGACCAUCAGCACGAAAUUCACGGCGACCUCAAGCCGAGCAUGACAGAGCUCUACACGAAGAAGGCGCUUACGAAGCAGCCCAAGUUCCGCUUCUCGCUGCCUCUCGAGGUCGCCAACGCCGUCGUUGCGCUAUGCGAGUUGUGCGAGCUCGACGAAGAGACGGCGACUCCUGGCGACGUCGACGAGUUCUUCGAAGACGACGAGACCGCCCGCCUGCAGUGGUACAACGCGCCGCGCGAGACGCACAAGAAGAAAGAGCGGGACUGGCGGGUCAUCAUGUGCCGGAUCAAGCGCGACGUCGACGAGGCUGCAUCCGCCAGGACGCCGCACCUAAUCGCGCCGCCGGCCUUGCGCUUGUUCGCCUCGAGGCCUGACUCGGAAUAG